AUGAUUUUUAUUUUAUUGUUUGUAUUGUCUGACAGCUUAAAGUGGUGUAAAAUAGAAAACACAAUUGUUUGUGUUAAUACCAAUGUCGGAUGUCCACCUUCGUAUCAAUGGAGUGUAGAAGGGUUGUUAAUAUCAAUAAGUAAAUAUGAUAUGUAUACAACAAUAAAAUGUGGUAUAAACACAGAACUUAAUGUAAACUUGCCAGAUGGAACCGAAUUAAAAAUGAAGUUUACAAAUAAGCAAAAAGAGUUUAGGGUUGAAAAUUAUUCAGUCAACAAGAAGACAGAAAUUAAAAAAGAAACAUGUAACGUAGCAAAUUGUAACAUGUGCAAUAUGGGAAAUCCAAAUCUUUGUAUGGUUUGCAAUGAUGGAUACUAUGUUUAUGGUAAUGAUAAAAGUUCAUGUUAUCGAUGUAAUAACUCUAUAUGUAAACAAUGUAAUUCAAAUCCAUCAGUAUGUUCUUCUUGUUAUGAUGGAUUAUAUUUAAACAGUGAUUCUGAGUGCGAUUACUGUAGCAGUAAUUGCAAAACGUGUAGUUCUUUAAACACUUGUACAGAUUGUAAUCCUCAAAAAUAUUUGUUAAAUGGAAAGUGUUUAACUUGCCAAUUUUGUAUAAAUUGUAAUACUCAAACAGGAUGUAAACAAUGUUGGGAUGGUUAUUAUCAAGAAAACAAAGGGUGUACGCCAUGUGAUACAAAUUGUAAUACAUGUGGUCAAAAUGGUUGUACUUUAUGUAAAAAUACUUAUUAUGUUGAAGGAAAAAGAUGUGGAAAAUGCACACCAAAUUGUAACAGAUGUAAUGGACCAAAUUACAACCAAUGUAUAACUUGUGAAGCAAAUUACUACAUACAAGAUGGGACGUGUACACAAUGUGAUCCAAACUGUCGAAUUGGAUAUUGUAGCCAUGACAAUGGUUGUACAAAUUGUAAAGAUGGUUUUUAUGUAAUUUCAAAAAGAUGUUCAAGAUGUUUAUCUCCUUGUACGUUAUGUAGUGGACCUGGAAGUAAUCAAUGUUCAGCUUGCCAAACGGGAUAUUAUCUUUAUAAUUCUGGUUGUUAUCAAUGUGAUACAAACUGUGUUUCUGGAAAGUGUGUUGAUGGUUCUGGAUGUACAGAAUGUAAACUUAAAUAUUAUAAAAAUGGGUUGAAUUGUACCAGUUGCCACGCUAGUUGUAAAACAUGCAGUGGAGGUACACAGUCGAGUUGCACUUCUUGUGAUUCCGGUUAUUAUCUUGAUGGAGGUGUUUGUAUGGCGUGUGAUACAAACUGUGUGAAUGAGAAAUGUGUAAAUACACAAGGAUGUACUCAAUGCAAUCCAAAUUAUUAUGUUAAUAACAAAGGAUGUUCUCGUUGUGACUCAACAUGUUCGACUUGUUCAGGAGGAAGUUCUAAUCAAUGCACAUCUUGUGUAAUAGGGAUAAGAUAUUUAGAAAAUGGGUAUUGUAAAUCAUGUGAUUCAAAUUGUGUUGCUGGAUAUUGUUUCGAUAACCAAGGGUGUACUCAAUGCCAAAAUCAUUUUUAUGUGAGUGAAAAGGGUUGUGCUGCAUGCCAUUCCAAUUGUUUAACAUGUUCUUCGAAUGCCGAAAGCACCUGUUUGUCGUGUGUAAAAAAUGUUCGUUAUCUUGAUAAUGGGUAUUGCAAUGAAUGCGAUUUAAAUUGUGUUUAUGGUAAAUGUGUUGAUAUAUCGGGGUGCACGGAAUGUCCAGUAAAAUAUUUUGUUAAUAACAAGAAGUGUUCUGCGUGUCAUCCAACAUGUUAUACAUGUUCUUCAAAUAUGGAAAAAACAUGUUUGACAUGUGAAAGGGGAAGAUAUUACAAUAGUGGAUUAUGUACAGUUUGUGAUACAUUGUGUAUAGACAAUUGUGAUACUGUACUUGGUUGUACAUUGUGUCCUGAUGGACACUUUAUCGAAAACAAAAAAUGUUCUCCGUGUGAUUCAAAUUGUAAGACGUGUUCUCUGCAGAGUACAAAUUGUCUUUCUUGUAAUGAAGGAACAUAUUUUCAAAAUAAUAAAUGUUUACUAUGCAGUCCUUAUUGUACAACAAAUAAGUGUGACACUGUUCAAGGUUGUACCGAAUGCAUAAAUGGUUAUUAUAAAAACAAUAUGACUUGCAACAAAUGUCACGAAGAAUGUCUGACAUGUGACAAUGGUUCUAAUUUAGACUGUCUAUCAUGUACAGACAAGGUUCGUUAUUUGGUCGGAAGACAAUGUGUUUUAUGCGACACAAAUUGCGCACAAAACAU